GGAAUAUCUCCCAACCGGAACUUAUUUAACUUCCUGGUCAACACACAUACGAUCUUCUAGCAUUUUGACACAUUUCUUCGUAUUUGUUCGCCAGGAUGCAGAUAUGCAGUGUGUGCAGCGAACAUACGCCGAAAUACAGAUGUCCAGCCUGCAAAAUAAGAUAUUGUUCACUUGGCUGCUACAAGAACCAUAAAGACUCUUGCCUUCCUGUCGUUUCUGAAGUUACUGAAGCUAAGGAUUCUUUCUACACAGAGACGACUGAGGAGGAACUUCUGCAUGAAGAGGACAUCAUCGACAAAGUGCCUCUAGAGAAGCUCCAGCUGUUAGGUCAGUCCAACGAGAUGAGAGAUCUUCUUUGCAACCCCCACCUGAGACAGCUGCUGCGCUCCAUCGACAGCGCAGACGUUAAAGACGAGGCGAUGAAGGCGGCCAUGCAGGAGCCUCUGUUUGUCGAGUUUUCUGAUCAGUGUAUGAAGCUAACAGCCAAAGGACGCGAUGAUUCAUAAAAUCACCCCUGCUUUAGUUUGUCUCUCAGAUCAUCUUUCAUUAUAUUUUUCUAUAAAGUCUUGGAAUAAGCAUGUGAA